UGCACAUGAAACAAAAGCCCAAAGCACCUAAGUUUGCAAUAAUCUGUAAAAAUGCUCCCCCGGCUAGUUUGUAUCAAUGACUAUGAACAACAUGCUAAAUCAGCCCUUCAAAAGUCUGUCUAUGACUACUACAGGUCAGGGGCAAAUGAUCAGGAAACCUUGGCUGAUAAUAUUGCAGCAUUUUCCAGGUGGAAGCUAUAUCCCCGGAUACUUCGGAACGUUGCUGAGGUUGACCUGUCCACUUCCAUCUUAGGACAGAGGGUCAGCAUGCCAAUCUGUGCUGGGGCGACCGCCAUGCAGCGCAUGGCUCAUGUGGAUGGGGAGCUUGCCACCGUGCGAGCUUGUCAGAUUGUGGGAACCGGCAUGAUGCUGAGCUCCUGGGCCACCUCCUCCAUUGAAGAGGUUGCAGAGGUUUCUCCUGACGCCCUUCGCUGGAUGCAGCUAUACAUCUACAAGGACCGCGAGGUCACCAAGCAGCUAGUGAAGCGAGCUGAGAAGAUGGGCUACAAGGCCAUAUUUGUGACGGUAGACACCCCUUACCUGGGCAACCGCUUUGAUGAUGUGCGUAACAGGUUCAAGCUGCCACCACAGCUCAGGAUGAAAAAUUUUGAAAGCAACGAUCUAGCAUUUUCUCCUAAGGAAAAUUUUGGCGACAACAGUGGACUUGCUGAAUAUGUGGCAAAGGCAAUAGACCCAUCUAUUAGCUGGGAAGACAUUACAUGGCUGAAGGGACUGACAUCACUGCCCAUCGUGGCAAAGGGCAUUCUGAGAGGUGAUGACGCCAGGGAGGCAGUUAAACGUGGCAUGGAUGGGAUCUUAGUGUCCAAUCAUGGGGCUCGACAACUCGAUGGGGUGCCAGCCACAAUUGAUGCUUUGCCAGAGAUUGUGGAGGCUGUAGAAGGGAAGGUGGAGGUCUUCCUGGAUGGGGGUGUGAGGAAAGGCACGGAUGUUCUGAAAGCCCUGGCCCUGGGUGCCAGAGCUGUUUUUGUGGGGAGACCCAUCAUCUGGGGCUUGGCUUUCCAGGGUGAGAAAGGUGUCCAAGAUGUCCUGGAAAUAUUAAAGGAAGAAUUCCGUUUGGCCAUGGCACUGAGUGGGUGCCAGAAUGUGAAAGUCAUCGACAAGACAUUGGUGAGGAAAAAUCCUUUGGCUGUUUCCAAGAUCUGACAGUGCACAAUAUUUCCCCAUCUGUAUUCUUUUUUUUCAGCAUGUAUUACUUGACAAAGAGACACUGUGCAGAGGGUGACCACAGUCUGUAAUUCCCCACUUUGAUACAAAGGGUGUCGUUCUUCUCCAACAAAAUAACAAUCCCUUUUAGUUCAUUGCUUUUGACUUUUCAAUGGGUGUCCUAGGAAUAUUUUAGAAAGAAAUGGACUUGCAUCCUGGAAAUAUAUUAACUGUUAAAAAGAAAACAUUGAAAAUGUAUUUAGACAGCGUCACCCGCUGACAGGCAAACGUGCUGGAAAACAAAAGAAAUCUUUUGGUAGAAUUGCAGGUAGGGUACUGAGAUAAAAAGAAAGUGAUCUCCCUGUUUACUAAUUUUCAUUGUGUUUGGAUAUUCUUAAAAUGGUGGUUCUUAAAUUGUAAGCUCAGGUUCAAAAGGUUGAAAAUGCCUGGAACAAUUUGGAUUUACAUCAUGGAGAAUUAGCACUGGGUUGGAUUGGAAGACAGGAUGGUAAUUUGUGUUUUCCAGAUAUUUAAAACUUUUUGACACCCUGAACUAUGCUGUUUCUUUAAAUGUUGAUUUCCAGUGGCAUAUUAAGUGACUGAAUAUAUGUAAUGUAUUAUGGUGUGCAUUACCUCAAUAAGGAAGAAAUAAAGCAUUUUUUUAG